AUGUCGUCCUCGCAAGCUACUAGCGAAGCCAUCCCCACUGUCGCAAGCCCGGCCCGACUGCACUACUUUGAAGGCCGCGGCCUCGCCGAGAGCGUCCGGCUCAUGCUCGCCGCCACCGAGACUGAGUUUGAGUUUGUGCCGGUCACCACCCACGAGGCCUUCCUGGCGCUCCGCGACUCUGGGAGGCUGCUGUUUGGCCAGCUGCCGCUGCUUGAGAUCGACGGUCUCAAUCUUGUCCAGUCCAUGGCAAUGGUCCGCUAUCUUGCCCGCCGUGGCCAUCUGUACGGUGCCACGCCCGAGGACGCCGUCGAGGCCGACAUGAUCGCCGACUCGAUCCGCGAUGCGCUGCGGGCGUUCACCUCGCUUCCGUUUGCUCGCGAUCGCACCGCCGCCAUCGACGCCGCUGCCGCUGCUGCCGCCAAGUACUUUCCGCGAUUCGAGGCCAUUCUCGAGCGCGCCCCGGCGUCGUCGGUUUACUUUGUCGGCGCAAAGCUGACGUACCCGGACGUGACUUUGGUCGAGCUCACCUGCUACGCACUUGAGGUUCUGGGACAUGACGUCCUUGACGCCUAUCCAUGCCUCGCCGCGCACCACGCCGCCAUGGUCGCCCUCCCGGGCAUCGCGGCGUACCUGGCGUCACCACAGCGCUACAAGCUCGGCGACGCUGUCUACGUCGAGCAGGUCAACCGGGUCCUCGGCCGCUAA